AUGGCCUCCCGCCCGACCGUCUCGAUCGCUACAGCUGAGGGCAAGGCCUCCGGGGCCACCCUCCCCCUUCCCUCCGUCUUCAAUGCGCCCAUUCGUUCGGACAUUGUCCAGUCGGUUCACACUGGUAUUGCCAAGAACAAGCGCCAGCCCUACGCUGUGAGCGAGAAGGCUGGUGAGCAGACUUCUGCUGAGUCCUGGGGUACCGGUCGUGCUGUCGCUCGUAUCCCCCGUGUCUCUGGUGGUGGUACUCACCGUGCCGGUCAGGCUGCCUUUGGUAACCAGUGCCGUUCCGGUCGUAUGUUCGCUCCCACCAAGGUCUGGCGCAAGUGGCACCAGAAGGUCAACGUUGGCCAGCGCCGUUUCGCUACCGCCUCCGCUCUCGCUGCCUCUUCCGUUCCCGCUCUGCUCUUCGCCCGCGGUCACCGCGUCGCCAAGGUCCCCGAGGUUCCCCUCGUUGUUGAGUCCAAGACCUUCGCCGCUGGUGCUCUGACCAAGACCAAGGCUGCCAUUGCCCUCCUCCAGGCUCUUGGUGCUGGUGAGGACCUUGUCAAGGUCCAGAAGUCCCGCAAGAUCCGUGCUGGUAAGGGUAAGCUCCGUAACCGCCGCUUCCGCCAGCGCCGCGGUCCCCUGGUUGUCUACAACCCCGAGACCGAUGGCAAGGAGCUUGUCCGUGCCUUCCGCAACAUCCCCGGUGUUGAGACUUCGUCUGUCUUCUCCCUGAACCUCCUCCAGCUUGCCCCUGGUGGUCACGUUGGUCGUUUCCUCGUCUGGACCUCCUCCGCUUUCGAGGCCCUCGACAAGGUCUACGGUACCACCACCACCCCCUCGGCUCUUAAGAAGGACUACCUCCUGCCUUCCAACCUUGUUGCCAAUGCCGACUUGGCCCGUCUCAUCAACUCCUCUGAAAUUCAGUCCGUUCUCCGCGCCCCCAAGGGUGAGGCUCGUACCAAGCGUGCCCACGUCCAGAAGAAGAACCCUCUGCGCAACAAGCAGGUCAUGCUCCGUCUUAACCCCUACGCUGCUGCCUACUCCAAGCAGAAGCUGGGUCAGCAGACCGUUAAGGCUGAGAAGCCCAAGCGUGCUAACGAGACCUUCCUUAAGACUCUCACUGAGGAGUAA